GCGUGCCCCCGUCCCCUCGCAGGCUCGCCGCGGCCGCUUCCCACGCGCCUCCCGAUCGCACUUGAGUUCAGCCAGCCAUAUCGUCGAACGCCUUGCCCACGCUCGUGGCGGGCGCGUUCUCGCGGAGGGCCGGGAAGGAGUUGAUGGGGAGGGCGCAGUUGCUGCGCGCGGCGGUGGGGUGCGCGGCGGCGGUGACGUGCGCGGCGGCGACGGCGCUGGUGGCGCGGCGGGCGAUGGCACGGUGGCGGUGGAGCCGGGCCGUGGCGGUGGUGCGCGGGUUCGAGGAGGGGUGCGCCACGCCUACCGAGCGGCUGCAGCGGGUCGUCAACUCCCUGGCCAUCGAGAUGUUCGCGGGGCUCGCGUCCGAGGGUGCCAGCAAGGUCCGGAUGCUGCUCACCUGCGUCGACGAGCUCCCCAACGGGAAUGAGGAAGGCAUCUAUUAUGCCAUUGAUCUUGGAGGAACAGGAUUUAGAGUCAUGAAACUAGAACUUGGUUCAGGAUCUAUGGUUAUCAAUAAAAAAGUUGAACAUCGACCUAUCCCUGAAGAGUUGACUAAGGGUACAAGUGAGGAUUUGUUCAAUCUAAUUGCUUUGGCACUAAAAAAUUUUAUUGAAAGAGAGGGUGGAAAAGAUGAGGGAAGGGCACUUGGUUUUACAUUUUCCUUCCCGGUCAGACAAAUUUCCAUAUCCUCAGGGUCAUUAAUUCGGUGGACUAAGGAAUUUUCAAUUGAAGAGGCUGUUGGGAAAGAUGUUGCUCAGUGCUUAAAUGAAGCCCUUGUUAGGAAUGGACUGAAUUUGCAGGUCACUGCAUUGGUGAACAAUGCUGUAGGGACAUUGGCUUUGGGGCAUUAUUAUGAUGAGGAUACCGUGGCUGCAGUGAUUAUAGGAGCUGGCAUCAAUGCUUCCUAUAUUGAACGCAGUGUUGCAAUUACUAAAUGCUGUGGUCUUCUUACCAACUCUGGAGACAUGGUUGUAAAUGUAGAAUGGGGCAGUUUCCGGCCUCCACAAAUACCAUUAACCCCGUAUGACAUAUGUUUCAAUGAUGGGACACACAAUUAUUAUGAUCAAGCUUUUGAGAAAAUGAUCUCUGGUGUGUAUCUUGGGGAGAUUACAAGAUUGGUGCUCCAAAGAAUGGCUCAAGAAUCGGAUGUAUUUGGUUCUGCUGUGAAUUGUUUGUCUACCCCUUUUAUAUUAAGUACACCUUGUCUAGCUGCUAUUCGUGAGGAUGAUUCCCCAGAUUUGAAAGAAGUUGGUAGGGUACUCGAAGAGCAUCUGAAGAUACAAAAUGUUCCACUGAAGACUCGGAGACUUGUCAUGAGAAUCUGUGACAUUGUCACCCGAAGAGCUGCCCGUCUAGCGGCAGCUGGAAUCGUUGCAGUACUGCAAAAAAUCGGUCGUGAUGGAACCCUUUGUGGUACCACCGAAGUUCGAAGAAUAAGAGGUGAGACGAAGAGAUCGGUUGUCGCUAUCGAAGGUGGUCUCUACCAAGGCUAUUCAGUCUUCAGGGAGUAUCUGAAUGAAGCCAUAGGCGAGAUCCUAGGGGAUGAGGUUGCCUCCACUGUUAGUCUCAGAGUGGUGGAGGAGGGGUCCGGGAUUGGGGCUGCGCUCCUUGCAGCAUCAUAUUCGUCGACUAGACAAAAUUCCGCAUAGGAUUGACACAGGCUUUUCUCCUGCUCAGAUGAAAUCAUGAAACAAAAGGAGGGGCAUUCGUCCAUCCUACUGUGAAAAUGUGUACAUGAUAGAAAGCGGUUCUUGUACAGAACUCUUAACCCCUUGUCUAGUUUUCUUUGCCUCAAUUGUUCGUUGUCGCAUCAUGUUUUCUUCUCAUCUAUGUGAAUUUAUAUGCAAUGGUGAAUUAACCUUUAGUGCUUCAAUGUACUAGUGGAUCAUUUGGUGGCUUGCAAAAAAUAAUGCUGAUGGUGUGUGAUCCA